CACUCCCCCAUGCUGGUUCUGCUCCCCACUUGUUAUUACUUCGCCUCUCGCACUUCGCGUCCAUCUCCUUUCCUAACGGCCCGGUGCUGAAUUAAUAAUUGUUACUACACCCUUCUGCAUGUCAUAUUCCUUCACUUUUUUUCCAGGCGUCUCCAUUCGUUAGUUCCCACGGUGCAGGCCACCUCUUUCACAUCAAAAAUGGACUCCCGAUUCCAGCCUGAGGGAUUGACCUUCGACAACAAAGACAGGAACAACUUCAGCCCUAACUUUGACAACAAUGGACCAAGCUACUCUCGUCCUCAGUCUGAUCCGCGACCUGCCCUGUACUCAGGACCAACUGUUGGCCUUCCUUCUUCAGUCCGACCAGUGUCUCCUCCGCAAGCAGUUCAGUACGCACAACCGGCAUACCAGCCGGAUAACAGAUAUAUCAAUCAAGGCCCUCCUCAGCACGAUAACCGCAAUUUGCCCAUGAACGUUCAACAGCCCGUAAACAUGCAGCAAGAGAGCCAAUAUCCUGCUCAGUCACAGCAGACCACCCGAACCAACACCUGGGUCCAGACACCUGCGGGUCCUUACCCAACGGGCGAAGCCUACUUCACGGGACCUGUGGAUACCAAUGGCUAUCCUAUCGACUCUAAGAACACAGUGGUAGAUAACCCUUUCAACGACCCCUCGUCUCGACCUCCUCCCAUGGCUAUGCCUACACCUCCAGCCUCGAUCGACCUCGAGAAGCAGAAACACGAUGAUCAUGGCCAUGGCAGCGGCUGGGAUCACAACUCGAAGUUGCCACACAGAAAGGACCCGAACCAGCCAUACAUGACCUUCAGUGAACGUCUCCGCCAUUUCACAUGGGCCUGGUACACUCUGACCAUGGCUACGGGCGGUAUUGCGACACUGAUUGCCAACCAGCCCCAUGCUUUCCCCGGAUUGAUUACCAUCGGUGCUGUCUUCUUCAUCUUCAAUCUCAUCCUCUUCGUUGGUGUCACGGGAACUAUGAUUCUGAGAUUUACCAAGUUCCCUGGUGCCUUCAAGGGUUCCAUCACACACGAGCGUGAGGCCCUCUUCUUGGGGCCUUUCUUCCUCUCGAUAGCCACCAUCAUCACUGGAACGCAGAAGUACAUCAUUCAGGCUUAUGAGAUCGAUCACCCAAACCGCGCCUGGGCUAUCACUACCAUGUCGGUCGCGUUCUGGCUCUACACAUUCUUCGCCUUCUGUCUGGCUGUAUUCCAAUACUCCUUCUUGUUCAGUGCACACACCUACAAGCUGACUAGCUUCAUGCCCUCGUGGCUUCUUCCCAUCUUCCCUAUCAUGCUUUCAGGAACUAUUUCUGCAACCAUUGCAGCUGACCAGCCGUUGGGCGCCAGGUAUCCCAUCAUCGUGGCGGGUAUCGGAUGUCAAGGUCUUGGUUUCACGGUCGCCAUUCUCAUGUAUGCUCACUACAUUGGCCGCCUCAUGCAGGUUGGAUACCCAGACCGCGAGCAUCGCGGAGCCAUGUUCAUCGGAGUUGGUCCACCCUCUUUCACCUGCUUGGCUUUCAUCGGUAUGGCCAACGCUCUUCCCGAGGAUUUCGAUAUUCAGGGCGACGGCCUCUUGGAUGGCAAAGUCAUCCGUACUCUGGCCAUUGUCGGUGCUUUGUUUCUCUGGGUGCUGGCUAUGUGGUUCUUCAUGAUUGCCCUUAUGGCCGUUAUCAAUCAAUGGGCUGUCUACUUCCACUUGGGUUGGUGGGCUAUGGUUUUCCCCAACACUGGUUUCGCCCUUGCCACAAUCUCAAUUGGUAACGCGUUGCAAGAUGAAACAAUUCUGUUCGUCGGCAACGGUCUUUCCAUCGCCAUUAUCGCGAUGUGGUUCUUCGUCCUGUUUAAUCACGUGCGAUCCGUCGUUGUCGGCGAUAUUCUGUACCCCAUGAGGGACGAGGAUGUCGCAGACCACUAGGCUGAUCGCACACACCGUUUGAACUGCAAACACAACAUCAAAUUGCUCAAGUCCAAUGUGUUCUGCAGAGCCUAUGAGCACGGGUGUCGUUCUCGCACUGAUUAUAAGGUUUUUGUCUUUUUCUCAUUCACUCUUUUUGGCAGCAAACAAGCGUCGCGCUGCAAUUGCAACAGACAUUCCUUUAUACCCCUCCCCUGUUCUUCCCCUUCCCAGUUC